GUGGUAGAAACCGAAACCCAAAACCUAAAACCGAAAGUAACCGUUACCAAAAUCAAAGAAAUGAAGAAAAAGUAAAACACACGAUUCGAAUUUCAGUGGUUGGGAGGGGUAAAAAGGAAGCCGGCCGUACAUUCAGAGACAGUGCAAAAAAUGAAUGACCCAAAGAAAGAGAAAAACAAACCACCAUUGUAGAGAGAGAAAGCAAAAGUAUAGGCCAAAACAUGGUGAAGAAGAUUUCUUCAACACCGACUACUCCUCUUCUUGAUUCCCCCCUCUCUCUCUCUCACACACACACACACAACUACACACAUUCAACAAUGCCCAUCACCAUUACCAACGAAAAUGGCGAUUCCUUCUUUUCUUUUUAUUUUUUAUUUUUUUUAUUUUUUAUUUAUUUAUUUCUCUCUUACCCGAAACAACAAUAACAACUACAACUCCACAACCAUCCAUCCACUUUCAUUAUUAUGGCAAUUAUUAUUUCUUUUUCCCCCUUCUCUCUCUCUCUCUCUCUCUCUCUCUCUCUCUUUAUUAUUUUUAUUUAUUUAUUAUUUAUUAUUGGCUGUAGCACCACCAUCCCUUCUGCCCAUUUCCCUUUGUUGAAAGAAGGAAACUUUGAGUAAAUUACACUGUAAAUCUUUUCUGGGUUUUUUCAGAUUUUCCCCCUUUUUGCUUUUGUUGGAUUGAAUCGGAGCUGAUUUUUCUUGGAAAAUGCUAGGAGGAGGAACAACAACUAAUGGAAACACGGGGUUCGCCGGUUUCUUGGAGGAAAAUCGGGUCCAGUACGAGAAUAACACAUUGCCUCAAUUAGAGUUAUUUGGGCAUGUUCCCGUACAAUGCGGUGGCGCCAUGAACUAUACCGUGAACCGGCAUCACGGGCCCACCGACAAUCAUCACCUUAUUACCAGAGUUAAGGAAGUAGAAGCCGUGCCGAUGCAGCAGAAGCUUCACAUAUCUUUGAAUAACAACUUUUGUCAGGAUGAAACGGGCCGUGUGAGAGCCGUUUUAAAUCAUAAUCCCGUUUCGACCGGGCUCAAACUCUCUUGUGAGGAAGAAGAGCGUAUUUCCUCCGUUACUUCUGCGUGUGAGAAUAUGAAAACCGGUGCCCCGGUUAUGCUUUCUCUUGGUAACACUGUUAAAAUGGAGAUUGAUCGACAGACUGACGAGUUCGGCCGAUAUAUUAAACUUCAGGAAGAGAAUAUCUUGAAGGGCGUAAGAGAGAUAAACCAAAGGCACACCGUAUCUCUACUAAACGCCCUCGAAAAAGGAGUGAACCGUAAAUUGCACGAGAAGGAGAUCGAGAUCGAGAAUAUGAACCGAAAGAACAAGGAGCUAGGCGACAAGAUAAAGCAAGUCGCCAUGGAAGCGCAGUCGUGGCAUUACAGGGCAAAGUACAACGAAUCGGUAGUGAACGUACUGAAGAGCAAUAUUCAGCAGCUCAUCGAACAGGGGCCCGCCCUGGCUAUGGAAGGUUCCGGAGACAGUGAGGUGGACGAGGCGGUUUCUUGCUCGAAUCAGCCGAGGGCUGCGAUUGGUGGAAAUAGUCGAGAGUUGAAAUGCAGAGGUUGUAACGGUAAAGAAGUGUCGGUUCUGAUAUUGCCUUGUCGGCAUUUGUGCCUGUGUGUCGAUUGUGAAGGGUUUGUUCGUGUUUGCCCUGUUUGCCAGGUGAUCAAGACUGCGAGUGUUCAUGUGUAUAUGUAGUUGUUCGUAAGAACUACUCGGGUUUUUCUUUUUCUUUUUUUUUUCACAAAAUCAAGAUUUGCCUUGUGAUUUUUAAAUUGAAAUGGAUUUGUUGUUCAAUCUGUUUGUGCAAUCAUUGAAAAUAUAUAAUUGUGUCACAUACGGUUUA